UCAUUCAGCGCCAGUGUGUCGGAAGAUAGCGUUCCUGGCACUAGUGUCGUCAGGGUAACGGCAAGUGAUGACGAUCUGUCAGAUGUUAUAACCUACACAAUAUCAGGUACGGAUAACAGUAAUUAUUAAAAACUGAAUCAUUUGAUAAUGCAAUUGUAGAGCUCUGAUUGGCUUAGCCAUGAUGUUACAUGAGCCAUUGUACAAUGCUCUCCAAAUAUGGUAACUGUACGUGUCAGCUCAAAAUUAAAAAGAAUCUUAAAAUCGGUUGUUUUUACCAAUAAAGUCGGAAAGAAUUCUUGAUAUUUUGUGGGCUUUUUUAAUAAAACAAUUAUUCCACUCGCGCUUGUUGGAUAUGAGAUGAUUAUAGCCAACUCAUAUCCAACGCGCACUCUUGGAAUAUUUGUUACUGAGAAACUUACAAAACCGUGAACACCAGAAAUAUUUAUGGAAUGUUAUUAAGCUGCGAGAAAUAAGCCAAUUAGGCGCUAGAUAACUAAACCGCAAACAGCAACGUAAUUAAUUGUGGUUUUCAGGUUUGUUCGCGUGUCCUGAACUCUGUUGUGACUGGCCAGUACACAAUCAACAUUCCUGAAAUUUUUCAGGUGUUCACGGUUUUCUGAGUUUGACAGUAAAUAGUUGACUUUUCACUUUUUGUAAAUUUGUCGUUAUGAAGAUCGAAGAAAUCUGAGAAUUUAGUCGACAAGGAACAGGCGGUCGGAUAUACAGAUACUUUUAACUGAUAAAGACGAUGAUGAUAUGACGAUCAUAAUUAUGAUGCGGGGAUGCAAAUUCUGUAAUGAUGUUAAUAAUGUUAAUUUUAAUUCUGAUGACAUAAUAUGCCGUUUAAACAGCACAAUUAUAGACCACAGAAGAUGACAAAAUUGUUUUCGUACUACAUUCUGCUUAACGAUAAAUGCCAACAAUAAACGAGUGGACGUACGGCGAUGUGGAAUCUUUUCGCUAAUUUUGGCAAGUAUUUGAAAAAAAAAAUCCUUACAAUAAUGAAGUCUAAAGAGACGUUUCACUACUGUUAAAGGUAAAAGUUAAAAAUCAAAGCUUUUGCCGAUCGACGGCUUUAUCGUUUCGUUGACUAAAUUUAGUAAAAUCCAACUAGUGGUCUAUUAUCAAUGCUGCGUUCUGACUGGUUGAGCUACUAUUAGGCUAUAUAUGUUAUAGCCCACUAGUAGCGAAAAGCGCGGGCUUUUUGGCGGUAAAAAGGGAUUAAAGUCUAGCUUUAACUAACCAAAAUUUUUUUAUCCUCUAUAUUUUUGACCAACUAGUUGGAUUUUACUAAAACAAUUAUUCCUCUCGCCCUCAUGGGCUCUGAGUCUAUAGCCCAUUCGGCCUUCGGCCUCAUGGGCUAUAGUCUCAGAGCCCAUGAGGGCGAGAGGAAUAAUUGUUAAAGAGACCUUUGGAUUCUAAGACAACUUACGAUAUUUUUUAUUUUGGUGGGAAAACGUGGUCGCCGGCGUCACUCUUAGUUCGAGUUUUAGCGAGAAUGUGGAAGUGGCGGAAACAAGUUAUCAAAUGUUAGUAGUUUUAUCAUUUUGUGAUCGGGAGAAGGUAUAACCUCCUUGACCAAAGGUAACAGUGCUAACCUUUCCGGUGAAAAAUAGUAAAAUAAAGCUUUCCGGGAGUCUAUAUUUUGACAAUACGCGAAAAAACCUCUAGUCAAAUCUCGUACUCGUAGUCGUCCUCCGUCCUUGAAUCUAAAGGUUUCUAAUGAACGAUUUACUUUUUAAGUCAUAUACAGAAUAUNCUGACUGGUUGAGCUACUAUUAGGCUAUAUAUGUUAUAGCCCACUAGUAGCGAAAAGCGCGGGCUUUUUGGCGGUAAAAAGGGAUUAAAGUCUAGCUUUAACUAACCAAAAUUUUUUUAUCCUCUAUAUUUUUGACCAACUAGUUGGAUUUUACUAAAACAAUUAUUCCUCUCGCCCUCAUGGGCUCUGAGUCUAUAGCCCAUUCGGCCUUCGGCCUCAUGGGCUAUAGUCUCAGAGCCCAUGAGGGCGAGAGGAAUAAUUGUUAAAGAGACCUUUGGAUUCUAAGACAACUUACGAUAUUUUUUAUUUUGGUGGGAAAACGUGGUCGCCGGCGUCACUCUUAGUUCGAGUUUUAGCGAGAAUGUGGAAGUGGCGGAAACAAGUUAUCAAAUGUUAGUAGUUUUAUCAUUUUGUGAUCGGGAGAAGGUAUAACCUCCUUGACCAAAGGUAACAGUGCUAACCUUUCCGGUGAAAAAUAGUAAAAUAAAGCUUUCCGGGAGUCUAUAUUUUGACAAUACGCGAAAAAACCUCUAGUCAAAUCUCGUACUCGUAGUCGUCCUCCGUCCUUGAAUCUAAAGGUUUCUAAUGAACGAUUUACUUUUUAAGUCAUAUACAGAAUAUCUCUGUUUGCCUCUUACAGGAGCAGACAGCGUCAACUUCACCGUUAACGAAAACACUGGAGUGAUUUCCACCAGUGCUUUACUAGACCGUGAGUCACAAGACUCCUGUUCAUUUACUCUCACCGCUACGGAUUCUGGGGGUCGUUUUUCAUUGGUUACCAUUAAUGUCACCGUCAGUGAUGUAAAUGAUAACAAUCCCGUAUGUGGAGCGUCUGUUUAUGCGGGUUCAGUGGCAGAGAACGCGGCUGUAGCAACUUCAGCAAUAACAGUGGAGUGUCCUGACUUGGAUAUUGGCGGAAAUGGAGAGGUCAGUCACUUAUUGAUGAACUUGCGCAAAAGAACGUCCCCAGAAGAACGUCAGAGGAAAGAAGACGGCAAAACUUGUGUGACAAGCGUGACAGUAAUCGUGUUUGAGAAACGCUUCCCCCAAACUUCACCUUGCUUAAUUUAAACAGAUCUUUUUGUAGAAGACCAGAACUCAGUAAGGUUAACUAAACAUCUCGACAAAACUCGCAAGUAAUAGCCCUUUCACGUUUGUUACUCACGCACAAACGCUUUGCCGUCCUCCUCUCCUCUUUGUUGCGUAAGCUCACCAUUUUCGUAAAGGUGCUGAUUUUUCUCAGACACAGUUAGAAUAAAACCGCGUUAAACGGCGGUCGGGAGCGUUCAUAUGAAUGGUCACUCCUUAGGAUUUUAUUCACAAACUCAAACGUUAGAACGACCACCUUCACUGUACCUUGUACAGCAUAACAAACAGAGUCACAGAAAAGAAUUACUCAGAAGCUUUCAACUGAUCUGUAUGAUCACUCAUAAAAAUUUCAUUCACAGAAUCAAAAAGUUUGAAUCACCUUUUACACAGUGCCACACGAGAGUAGUUUUCGGCAGCUUUUAUUUGAUUUUCAAGCUGUACUGGCCUGUUGUAUUGUAAUGAGUAUUAUAGAUCAGGGGCAGCCAACGACGUUUUCCUCCAAAAAACAUUGCAAUGAAAACCUCUUUUAGGCUAUCCAGAGUAUUUUUAGAUCUCCAGAAUUGCAUUCUAAGCGGUGCUAUAAACUUGGUGUCUGUUCGGUUAUCCUAAGGGAAAUUGAGCCUUAUCGAAAUUAUAACGGCUUUCCCGAAAAUUUUAGAUGCAAUUUAAUGUAUUACAAAAGUGAGGAUUUUUUCUGAUUCCUCUCUCCAUCACCUUUUCGUAUCCGAAAAUCAUAGGUUUCCUUUCUCAACGAAAAAUAGCCUAAUCUGGAGAGUGAAAGAUGAAAAUUCAAGAAAGAGUGUGGAAAAAUCAAACUUUAGGAGACCGUAGGGAAUAGAUUGGAUAAGCUUGAAUGAAACGGUCAUCUAGAAAUGUUUAGCCGUCCUCUAGUAAAAGAAAAGUCUAGGCAAUAUGUGCUUCUCCGAACAAAUAUUUUACAGAAAACAGCCUUUAGGUGCCCCUGAUAGAUACCGUAUUUAUUCGAUCAACCGCCGUGAGCGCUUUUUAAAUUUUUGGACCUUAAGAGUGUGCGCUUAUUCGAGGUAGGCGCUUAAUAGAGGCUGGGCGCUUAUUGAGCUUUCACCAUUUUCAGCUAGUGUAGUAUGUUUAUUCUGCAACAAAACGCAAAGAUGUAACAAAGCAAGGUUCCUGUAAAAUGCUCUGAAGAAAACUCCGUCUUCGGGGAAGUCUAAGUCUUAUUAGUACUUAUUCAAUUUCAAUUUCAAUCUCCUUGUCACUAAAGUGGGUGGGGUGGGGGUGGGCGCUUAUUAACUAUUUCUGCCUUUAGGAUGGGCGCUUAAUCGAGGUGGGCGCUAAUUCGAGGUUGGGCGCUUACUCAAAUUAAUACGGUAUUGGCGUUUUUAUUUAUUUUGUUUCUUUAGGUAACAUACAGUAUAGUAUCUGGGGAUGGUGGAGCCUUUGUAGUGAAUUCUUCAACUGGCGAGAUUUCCACAAGCGCUUCUCUAGAUUUCGAAUCGCUUCAAGAAUAUAAAAUAACCGUUGAAGCUUCAGAUGCUGGCUCCCCUCCAAAAACAGCCACCACUACAAUUCUGAUAACCGUUACCGGCAUAAACGAACACACACCGCAGUUUACAUCCAGCGGUAUUUACAUUGUAAAUGUCUCGGAGAGCCUGGCACUAGGCCAUGACGUCAUCACUGUAUCGGCCAAUGACGCCGAUAUGGGUUCACAAGGCGAGGUUACCUACUCCAUAACCGCGGGAGACGCAUACGGGAACUUUAUCAUUGACAGAAACAGUGGGUUGGUAGAACUGGUUUCCAUUUUGGAUUACGAAACCAGUUCCCAGAUCACUCUUACAAUUACAGCUACGGACGGCGACUCGGGAAGUCCACUUAGUGCCCAGGCUUCCGUGACUGUCAAUUUGUUGGACUACAAUGAUAAUCACCCAGCAUGCCUUCCUGGAUUGUUGACGCCCGCAAUACUUGAGACAGCUGCUGUCAGCGAUGUUGUGGCUACACUAAACUGCAGUGAUCAAGACUCAGGGAUAAACAGC